CGUCACAAAACUUUAGAGCAACCGAUGUCGUGGUGUUUGAUUUACACGAUUCGCGCCUUGCUGCGAGAAAAAGUGCUCUAAGUUCUGAAUUUUACCAGACGUUGUGGUUACAUUUUGGUUGACACAUUUGUCGACCAAGCCAAGAAAGCGAGCGUGCUUUUUGGUAUUAAGUUGCGAGUAAAAGAGUAAAGAAAAUGCCGUUAAGAGGCCCGGGCUUCAACCAGCCGGUAACUACGGCAGUCUUAUCCGUCGCCGCCGUGGCGACAAUGCUAUGGCUCCUCUUCUCUGAAGACACAGAGGGCGAAGAGAAGAAGAGCGAGAAGAAGACACACCGUCCGCGGGAACCAAGGACGAUCAUGCUGCCAAAACUGUCGUUUCGCGACUUUAGGAACGAUGUGUUUUUGUACGGCGAGGACGGUGAAUACGAGGUCAUUGUGUUGGAGGAGUGGGUCGACAAGUAUGACGGACCCUCAUCAGCCUAUUCCCGUCGUUCCUUCCCGACGGAAAGCCGGAGCUGGCCCACGGUAGCCCAGUCCUACCGCCCCGCGGCCCCACAGCCCCGGCCCCGCCAGCCUGACCGCCGUCCUCCCGGUAAGUUCGGCCUUGGCGCCAUUGGAAGCACUUAUUCGAUCUUCGGGGAUGAAGGCCUCUUCUCCGACAUCACUGGUAUGGGCGACUUCCAUAGAGAGAAACCUGCAGCCGAUACCAUCGUGCACCGCGUAGAGUCGGCAGAGUUUCUGCGCCGUGUGCGCGCUGCUAAAAUUAAAAUUGAAGCUGGCGACAUCUCACGCCAUUCCGCGGAGAAAGAUGAAGAUGAUGCUUCAGGGCCGUCCUGGCGGGAGGUGAAAGAAGAAGAGUUUCUGAAGCGCGCUGCUAGAGAUGUAGUUGACGCCAACUCACGCCACUCUGAGGAGACAGAUGAGGAAUAUUGUGAUGCCCCAGGGCUUCCCCUGUUGAAGAUAAAAGAAGACGAGUUUCUCAAGCGUGCUGAAUUAAAUGAAAUUAGCACCAACUCACGCCAUUCCGAAGAGGGAUCGGUAUACAUCGAUGUGCCGGGUUUGCCUCCCUGGAUGGUAGAGUACGACGAAUUCUACAACCCCAACCCGCCUAUGUGGCUAGCUGAGGACAUGGAAGUUGAAGACCUGUUCUUUGACGCGCUGGACGUACCGCUACGAGCUCUCCCUCAGUCCGCAGUCAAGGCACAGCAGCUCGGUCCUGUACAGGAGUUGGAGCGGCCUCAUCAACUGCUGAUGGCCCUCAUCAUGUUCGUCAUGACGGAGUUCUUCGCCUCCUUCCGGAUCCUGAUGUCCAGCGUGACAGAAUCGCUGGGAGGCGCCAUGCAGAGCGUGUUUGCUGUUCUCCAGCCCCACUACGAUAAGAUCAAACAGCUGAUUCUCCCCUUCAUCCCGUCCGUUGUCAAGGAUUCCAUCCUCUCAAUCUCCGGGUGCACCUGGAUGUUGAUGACCAGUGUAGCUGAGUCGACAGGAGGCGCUAUGAACAGGGCAUUGGCACUCCUCUGGAUCCACUCCGACAAGUUUCAGCUCGUGGCCAAUAAAAUCAAACAGCUGCUGCAGCCCCUCGUCCCUUACGUCAUGAUGUUCAAGGACUCCAUGGUGUCCAUGGUGGGAUCCGCCCGGAUGAUGGUGGCUAGUGCAGCAGAGUCGGUAAGAGGCACUGUGAACAGGGCAUUGGAACUUCUCUGGAGCCACUCCGACAAGUUUCAGCUCGUGGCCGAUAAAAUCAAACAGCUGCUGCAGCCCCUCGUCCCGUACGUCAUGAUGUUCAAGGAUUCCAUGGUGUCCAUGGUGGGAUCCGCCCGGAUGGUGAUGGCCAAUGUAGCAGCGUCGACAGGAGACGCUGUGAAUGGGGCAUUUUCAAGUUUCCAGUACGACAGGUUUCAGGCCGUGGCCAAUAAUAUCAAACAUCUGCUCCUGCGGUUCAUCCCGCCCGUUAUCCAGGAGUGUAUGGUCUCUUUUUAUGGCUCCAUCCGGAUCCUGAUGACCAGGCUCCCAGAGUCGAUAGGAGGCGCUUUGACCAGGGCGUUGUUAGCGUUGCACUACGCAAUCUUCGACCUCCUGUACACCAGCCUAAAACAGCUGCUGUUGGCCUUCAUCCCCUAUGUAGUCAAGUUCAAGGAAUACAUCAUCUCCAUAUACGGUUAUGUCCGGAUCCUGAUGAUCAAACUUGUAGUGACUGUAGGGGGCGCUGUGAAAAGGGCGUUGCUAGUGUUGCACUACGUCGGCUUCGAUCUGAUGUACACUAACGUAAAACGGCUGCUGAUGGCCUUCCUCGCGUCUGUUCUCAGGUUCAUGGAGUGUAUCGUCUCCUAUAUCAUCUAUACCCUAAUCCUCAUAUAUCUGAUGAGGCUAUCGUACACCGCUAGAAAGAGACAACCGAACAGACGGACACUACAUAGUUUAUAAAAAAACACAAACGAACGAGUUCCCGACGGACUGAUGCCGUUGUGUAUCUUCGGGACUGUUCUUCCUACAAUAGUCAGUCAAGUUCUCUUCGGUAAAUAUCAAUACCAGGGUGUACGGGUACGAAAAAGUGAAAAAAAAUUUGGCGGACAUUCUAAGCCAAAGAUAUAAAAAUCAUAUAUAGAUUAAAAAACAUGGACAUCUUUUAAGGGAUCCCAUGAGAAAAAAAGGUCGACAGAAUGACAAUUUAUUCGAACGAGCCUCCAACAAGACUGAUGCCACGGUGUAUCUUCGGGGUUCGUCUCAGUGCGCUUUCUGCAAUUUCAGGUGUUUGGGAGUAUGUAUUAGACUCAACUGUACGUUUACACGGUAUGGGCAUUAACAUUGUAUCUUCUUUGAUGUUGUCACUUUACCUGCUACAAUGCGUCCUCCCUUUUGAAUAUUUGUCCAAGGUAUACUGCUUUGUCAAUAUACAGGCACCAAAUUGUAAUUGUUGUUGAAAUAGAGAAUGAGAAAUGUCAAUGUAUUCCUGGGGUUGGGCAUGUGAAAAUUGCAUGCUUAAUGAGGCUUAGUGCCAAUUACAUACAUGUAUGCUGUGUACAUUCCAUAUAUACUAGCAGGGACAAUGUGAACAUAUUCUCUUGGGUCAAAUAUAUAUGUACAGUAUGUAUAUAUACAUUCCUUUAUCCGAACCUUAAUGUUGUUUUACCAUAUCUUUAUUGUUACUUAGUCAAGGAGGUCUCCAUAUAACCGCCUUGCUUUUUGUACCGUUGAGGAAUUAAUGAACCACUAUUGUUGUAUAUUUGUAUAUCACAUGCCCAAUGAAGAUUGUAUUGUCUGUUGCAUAUUUCUACAUAUUUGAUUCAAACAUUUCAGUGACAACAUUGUCGCACCCUAAUGAGCCACUACACGUACUUACUCUUCACGUUUCUGUACUUAACGUUGCUUAUAGACAGGGAGUUGUCAAUUUGGCACUUGUAAUUACUAGUGCACUACUAGUAGUCUCUCUAUAUAUCUAAUUCAAGCUAGUAGUGACUAUAUCUUCACAUCCUGUUGUGUCACCAAAAAUUUUGUUAACCAACUCUUUGCUGUAUCAUCGCUGUAUCAAUACUGCUAGUCAUGGACAGUUGGGAAUAGUGGGCGAGGUAUAUUAUUUUACCCUUUUGUGUGCUCAGAAGUGCGUGAGUUGUUUCAUUAAAGAGUUACUCUUGA